AUGUCUAUCCAAACUGGCGGCCUGAACAAAAUCAGCCUGGUGUCACUCUCGCAAAUACGCCGUCCCAUCGCGCCCGUUUUGGACCACCAGAAAAUCGAUGCCAUGGUCUCCACGCUAAAAGGUCUGCCCGAGGCCAGUAAAACCUGUACCAAAGAGGAGGCUGCUGCCAUGGACGCCCAACUACCGCCUAUCGACGUUUUAUGUGUGCGCAACGAAGGCAAAACGUACUACUUUGCGUUUGGAGGGUGUCAUCGGUUCCAGGCGUACGAUCGUAUCGCGCGCGAGACUGGCGACGACGUGCAAGUACGGUGCAAGCUGAUACCGGCCACAAGAAGCCAGUUGCAUUUGUACGUGGGCAGUUCACUUGACGACAUGUUUGACUAG